GAGAUAGUUUGGGUAAAGUUCCUCACACUAUCAUACCAAGUUACAGGCAACAUCUCAACCAGGUGAUAAAGUCAAACCCCUUUAUGAAUGCAAGAAAAGCCAAACAACCAUAUUCUCAAAUUACAUUUGAGACAAUCCAGCCUCUUUUCCGUACAACGGCAUUGUGGAAAUUGAUGCAUUGUCUGUGAAUAAGAAGAUUAAGAGCAGCUUUGCUGAGGAUGAAUGGAGUCUGAAGGAGAUGGAUGAAAAUGAGUCCACAACAGUGUAUCACAAACUGCAUUGACCUUCAAUCUACCAGAAGUGGACCGGUGACCGGGCCUGCAGAGAAAAAGAAGAUGAAGUCCAUAGUACCAAGAAGAAAAUCUAUUAAAGCUUUCAGCAAAACCAGACAAAGGCUGCGUCCUCCGGAGGUCGCAUUUGUUGGCCGCAUACGUCAUCGAGACUGUCUCGUUUCAGAAAACGAUGAGUAUGAGGCAUGUCAUGUAUCCCAAAAUGCAGUGCUGUUGAUGGAAGCCCAUGUACACCUUACCACUGGCUUGCAGUCAAGAGAGAGACUGCUGUUACUUUUCACAGAUUCACUUAUCAUCGCCAAGACCAAGUCUCUGUAUCUAAAGCUGAAGGUUUGUGUUAGCCUCUCAGACAUAUGGCUGGGAUCCUGUAUUUAUUUCAUCACAGAGAGAAAACUUCCAUCUAAAAACUCAUUUGUGAUUGGCUGGCCGACCACCAAUUAUGUUGUCACUUUCAGCUCCUCAGAAACAAAGGAAAGAUGGUUACAUACUCUACAGUGGCACACCUGCAGAGUCAGGCAAAGAAUCUUGCCGAAUGCCAUUCUUCUCUAUGUCCUGCUGAUCUGCCAUCCCAGUGACGACUGCCCUACGACUGUUGCUGUGGCAGUGGAUGUGAGCACCACUGCAGACAAUGUGGUUCAAUACAUCAUGCAACAGUGCAAACUGCUGGGUGAAGUCUCGGACUACCAGUUGUAUGUGAACUAUGAAAAAGAAGAGGAAACUUUCCCUCUUAUUGGCCAUGAGCUUCCAUUCUUCAUUCUGCAUCACUCCUUGAGAAGUCAGCAAGACCAUCUGCACAUGCCCAGUGUGCACCUGCAGGAAGCAUUUAGUGCUGCCCAGCAGACAGAGGCCACACCCAAGACCCCUCACUUCACCCUAAAAACCAGAAUACACACCCCAAGGGGUGCUGUACUGAAACACAAAAGAAAGAGGUCUCUGAUUGAUUGGGCUCUGAGGAGGGGACACCCUAACCAGUCAGAAAGCCAUACUGACUCGCACACUGCCUCUCACAAGUUAUUCGGCCAGUCUCUCUCAUCCAUUUGUCAUGAUGGAAACCUGCCCAAACCAAUAAUGGACCUCCUGUAUCUUCUGUUCUGUGAGGGUCCAGAGACCUGUGGAAUCUUCCGCCGUUCAGCAAAUGCCAAAAACUGUAGAAUUCUGAAGGAGCAAAUGAAUACUGGACAAAAUAUUUCACUGCAUGAAGAAUCUGUGUUUGUCUCUGCAUCUCUAAUUACAGAGUUUUUGCGCAAACUGCCUGGUGGUGUGCUGUGCUGUGACUUGUAUGAAGACUGGAUGGAAGUUCUGCAAAGUGACGAUCAACAGGAUAGACUUAACAGAGUCAGAAGUUUGCUUGCACAGCUGCCAGAGGAGAAUGUUACCUUACUAUGUCACUUGUUUGGAGUGCUGCACAGGAUACACUCGUACUCAGAGGUGAAUCAGAUGACAGCAACAAACUUGGCCCUCUGCAUCGCACCCAACAUGCUGUGGAGGUCUUGCCAAAUUAGCCCUGAACAAGAGGGACAAAAUGCAUUGCAGAUCGCUGUGCUCAUCCAGUACCUGAUAGAAAAUACUCCUGCCAUAUUUGGGAAUGAUUUGGAGAGUCUCUUCGACAGGCAAAUUAAUUCAGGGCAGGAAACAAAUGACUUCACAGGUGCUUCAUAUCUUCAUCAACACUCCUCUUCAGAAGACACAGAUCAAGACUUCAUCGCUUCUCCCCAUCUCUCUCCUGAAGUUCAUCCACUUUUCUUCCCUCUCGCUGCACUUUCUCUUAAAGAGAAGAGACCACGCCCCUUUCAUACCAAUAAGACAUCAUCAGAGGGUGCCUACAGCUGUGGAACACUGUAUUCCAUUUCAUCACAUUCCAGUGCUUCUGUGAGCAUGUUGGGGGUUGGGGAACUUAGCCAAUCACAUGAUCGAUGCCUCUCUGAGCCAUCCAUGUAUUUUUCCACACCCAACACACAGGAAACAACUCAUCCACCUGUUAUCCGCCAAUCUAGCUAUGAUGCUGUGGUAAAAAAAAGCCAAAAUGAGCAGUCCCAGGGCUCCAUGCGGUUAAGUCCAGAACAACAGUCCCAUAAUUCUGGGAUAGGUACAAGACAACGACGUUACACUUUCUGGAAGUCACCACAAAUCCCUAGCCGCUUCAGGCAUCCUGCGCAGAGAUUGGCCAGCAUGUCAAGUCUGUCAUCAACUACCACUUCCUCACUCAGCUCAUUGGAUAGUACGCUGUCCCUAAACUCUGCCGAUCCAAUCCCCAGCCCUCAAGAUAGACAGUCCCGCCCUUUUUUGUUCGGAGCAGCUGCUAGACUGCGGCCUCUCACCCCAGAAAUGGCCAGAAAGAGAUGGACAAAUACUUUCACUUACGAAGAGGAACAAAAGGUGGAGAUAUGGAGAGAAAGUGAUCAGGAGACAGAAAAUGAGAAAGAGAGGGGAUUUAAAGGAUCUUUUAAUGACUGUGGUGGAGAGAGAAUUGAGAAAGAUGGAGAGAGAGCCGAGAGAGAGGAUACCAUGAGCUGUGAGUCAUUCAGUAAUAUCCAUGAGGUUAAAUGUGUACAAAGACAAUGUGCGUCAGAGUGUCUCACUGAGAAUGUUUGCAGCGUGGGAUUUAAUCCUUUAAAGUCAUCUGAUGCAUAUAAGAAAGAGCCCGAUUCUGAACUAAACUCACAGGCAAUCUCACAAAAUCCCUGCAGCAUAUGGACAGUCCCACAGGCAAAGCAGACUGGUAAUGAGAUACAGGCAUCUGAGGUGACACAAAUACUCAUAAAGACACCCACAACCAUGCAAAAGCAAAUCAGUACCAAAAUAAAAAACUCUGUCGGUCAACUUCAGCUGGAACGGACAAAUACACGCUCAAACAUGCACAUUUCAGUUGGGCAGAAAAUGAGCCGAAUGAAAAUCACAUUCUUUCCCUCUUCAGGAAGAGUGAUGCUUAAACAUUCCAAGGUCACAAAUCAAACUGCUGACAUUACAAAGAGCAUCCCUAUGGAAAGAGAGCAAGAGAUGGAGCCAGAAUUCUUUGUUCAAAAGGGGGGAAAACGGGGAGACCCAGUUCAGGAGCAUGUCCCAGAAACACUGUUUUACAGUCAUAAGGUUCCGCAAGUGUUACAUUCUACAUCACCACAGCAAACAUCAGUCCAGGUACAGACACACUGUACUUCCCCUAAGGAUGUGGGUGUGGCUGAUCCAGGUUUGUCUGGUGGUGGUGAUGUUCGUGUUGUUACCUUAGAUAGUAGUAUCAGCAAUGGAGUAAGCUGUUACCCAGAAGAGAGUAUUGUCCAGUGUGUCAAAUGUAUUAAUCUUGACAAGGGGGUUAGUCAUAGCGCAAGCAAUUUUGAUGACCUGCACAGCCCUGGUAGCAGUCCUGAUACUGCUGGCCCUGCAUUUAGCGUUAGCAGUGGUUAUAGUGUUAACCACGGUUUUAAGCUCUUUCAUGGUCAUUCUAAGCAGAGCUCUCCAAAGCCCGCUGGCAAAUUCUCAGGAACCUUCCGUCACACAAUCUGCAUCAAGCUUCCUGUCAAUUUAUGCAGCAGAGGGCCAGCAGAGAACAAGCAAUUACCAUAAAUGAUUUCUUCUGGGUAUGUAAUAUUAAGUGAUAUGGGGUAUGAAACAUAUUCAUAGAAAAGUUUUUAAUCCUUUGCCUCAGUGUAAAAGUGUUUGUUUUUAUAAGAAAAAAGCAUGGUUGUAAAGUAAAACCACACUGCAAAAAUAAAUAAAUAAAAAGUUACAGUAAAAAUA